AUGUCUGGAACUAAGAAGAAUCAUUAUAGAGCGUGUCUCUUUGACAUGGAUGGUUUGCUGAUAAACACAGAAGACAUAUACACAGAGGUUACCAACGAACUAUUGGCUGAGCAUGGCAAGGGAGAACUCACAUGGGAUGUGAAGAUUACAUUACAAGGACGUCCAGGUCCUGAAGCUGCUAGGUUGUUGAUUGAAGCCUAUGACCUGCCGUAUACUCCUGAGGAGCUGGUUAAGGCAAACAUCGCUAGACAGGAAUCCAAGUGGUCGCAUUGUAAGUUCUUACCUGGGGCUCGUGAACUGUUGAAGUAUCUACAUGAGAAGAAGGUGCCAAUUGCAUUGGCAACCUCUUCGAAUAGAUAUAACUACGAGCGUAAGACAGGCCACCUUAGAGAAGAUGGCUUUGAUCUAUUUGGUGAACAUAUAGUGACUGGGGAUGAUGAGAGGGUUCCAAAGGGCAGAGGCAAACCAUAUCCUGAUAUCUGGCUAGCAGCUCUGGAAUCUCUGAAUUCGCAGUUAAAAGAAGGCGAAGAAGAGAUUAAACCUGAAGAAUGUCUCGUGUUCGAGGAUGCUGUUCCAGGAAUCACCGCUGGUAAAGCUGCCGGUGCACACAUCAUCUGGGUGCCAGAUGAUAGAGCACUGAAGGUUCUUGACGGUGAAGAGCACUCACAUUUGACCAGUGAACAAGGUAUCAUUCUCUCCUCUCUGACCGAGUUCAAGCCUAGUGAGUAUGGUUUCUAG